CUCCUCUCUGUUCACGUCUUUCUUACGAGACUCAGUGUGAGCAUUAACGCCUUGUCCUCAGGCGUAUAAAGCAUCGGUUACUUGUCGCAUAAAAACGUUUUUAUUGCUAUUAUUCGGAGACUGCUGGCACUGCUGCUGACCACUUUUCAUCAUUUUCCCUCAAUAAGUCGAAGGACGCCUUCUCGUCUGCGCAACUUUUGCACCUUUGCAACACCUUUGUUUAUGCUGACCAUGCUUGGUGUCAAAUUCGACGACAUGCAGACGCACCAAAAGCAGGUCCCAAGCAGGCAUCAGGCGACAGUCCUGCUGAGUGAAGGAUGGACUGCUUCCAUGGAAUCUCUGUGUGUGAUUGUGUGCCCCACAAACAAAUCUAAGUCCAAGUCGCCCGAGUCAGGUCCAAGUGACCCAUCGUUUACUGAUUCAGGCUACUCGUUUGGAUACCUGAGAACGACAACUCCCCCAUAUUUAACGUGUUGCUGUUGUGUCACUCUCCUGAAGGGCAACCGUCUUUAGACUGAUCGUAAGGAGUCCACACUUGUGCACUGCUACGCACUUUGGGAGGUGUGCAAACUGCUAUACUUUAACCUAGUACCCAGCUACUUGCUCCGACCGAACUGAGACUCCGUUAACCUCUUCGCUUCAUUUCUCGCCCACCAUGUUCUUGUAAAGCAGAUUUUUUAUUUUUUAUUUUCACUGGGAGCCCAUAAUCUUUACAACUGCUUUUCAGGCUUUGGUUUUCUAUGUGUCUACGGAUAGGGGUAGGAAUGGUUCGCCAUGCAGUACACCUGCAAUUGUUGCACCGGAGAGGAUGAAUCGCAGAGAUGCUCUUUUCACAUGUUUGACAUGCCGGUCCCGAGAUUUCUCGAGAUGGUGAUACAUUACAGUUUUGUGCUUCCUCAACGAAGUCAGCUGCCGGAGACUUUGGUUGACGGUGACUGAGGGGUGGUAAUGGCGAAGACAAAGGCACUUGAAAGUUGCUGACCGUUUUUGGAACUAGAUUUCUUGGUUCUGAAGCACGUAGGGACUCCGAGGGUUACAUGGAAUACGGAAGAUAUAUAAUGGACGGAUGCGCAUAGAUGGGUCCCGCCACGGCCGAAGGUGUGAUGCAGUAGACGCCUUUUUGCUGGAGAACAGGACUAUAAUAAUGAUAAUUGCUCGAGUUCCCUCGAACGCAAACUGAUUGUGAGUGGAAGACCGCAUUCAGAUGGUCAAUGUGUAGCAUUCACUCUUUAGCAAAGGCUGACAGUCAACUGUCAGCUUACUACUUGCGGCUCGUUGAUGGCUCUCCUGUCCGUCCCGUGUUCCCAUUUAUUUACUAAUGCGUCCAAUCCCCUGUCAACUCCAAUACGAAGCCGAGGCCAGCAAUCGGCUUGUCGUUCUCGAGAUUUCGGGCCUACUUUUGCAGACAUUGACCUUGUAUCGAUGAGCACACUCAGAUUGAUAUACGGUCAGUAAGCAAAUUAUCGCUCCUGAAAAGCCCUCAACUGUAUUAGUGAUCAGCAACAAGACUUCUUGAUAUCUUGUCUUAUGAAUUGAUCAAACUUAACACUAACUGGGUUCGUCUGUCUCUGUCGAUCUCUAUCUCGUUCUCC